CAUGUAAAAUUCUAACCUUAAUAAGCAUGUGUAUGUAGUGUUGCGAAUUAUAUUUGACUCGGUCAAAAUUUUCGUGUAAGAAGAGAUAUUUUAACUCUUGUAUUUAACAAAAAAAUUUGUUCACCAAUUCAACAUAACACGUAUAUUAUUAACGAGAAUAUUAUUGUUCUAAAAUUGUGGAUAUCUAAUCAAUUAAAAUAUUAUUACUGGAAGACGUAUUAAAGUGACCUUGAUCACACGCAUUAUAUAUCCAAAAGUUAGUCGUUUGUCUCAAUUAUAACGUAUUGCGUUAGAUGUAAUCAGUUGCAAAGUAUUUAGAAAUAAAUAAUAAUGGCUGGUAUUUUCGACAUUGAACUCCAUGACGGGGACAAUGUCGAUCAAGAUGAAUCUGAAGAUGAUAUUGUUGAAGCUGAGGCUGACUAUGAUCCAAAUCCAAACGUUAGUGAACUUUUGGAGUCAGAUAACGUGGAGAGAGUUCAGUUGUCAGAACAAACAGUAAAUCCUGGACAGGAAAAGGUUGGUCCUAAAGAUUUUGAACUUUGUAAGAUUUUAGGUGAAGGUGGUUAUGGUAAAGUCUUUCAAGUACGCAAAGUAAGUGGCAAGGAUAAGGGAAGCAUUUUCGCUAUGAAAGUAUUACGUAAAGCUACGAUAAUUCGUAAUCAAAAAGACACCGCUCAUACCAAAGCUGAAAGAAACAUUCUGGAAGCUGUAAAACAUCCAUUUAUUGUUAACUUAAUUUACGCUUUCCAAACAGGUGGAAAACUGUAUCUUAUUCUCGAAUAUUUAUGUGGUGGAGAACUUUUUACCUAUUUAGACCGUGAAGGAAUCUUUCUAGAGGAUACUACUUGCUUUUAUUUAUCAGAAAUUAUUCUUGCUCUUCAACAUUUACACAAACUAGGUAUAAUCUAUCGCGAUUUAAAACCGGAAAAUAUUCUUCUUGACCGUGAGGGUCAUGUAAAAUUAACAGACUUUGGAUUAUGCAAAGAACACAUACAGGAAGGAACUGUGACUCACACUUUUUGCGGUACUAUUGAGUACAUGGCUCCUGAGAUUCUUACCAGAAGCGGACAUGGUAAAGCAGUAGAUUGGUGGAGUCUUGGUGCUUUAAUGUAUGAUAUGCUCACCGGAACACCACCGUUUACUGCCAAUAAUCGUAAAGAAACAAUUGAAAAAAUUCUGAAAGGAAAACUUUCCUUACCACCUUAUCUGACUCCGGAUGCUAGAGAAUUAAUCCGAAAAUUACUAAAACGUCAAGUUGCUCAAAGGUUGGGAUCAGGCCCAGACGAUGCUGAAGAAAUAAUAAAUCAUAAUUUUUUCAAACAUAUUAACUGGCAAGAUGUAAUAUCUCGCAAGUUGGAACCACCUUUUAAACCAUCAUUGAAAAGUGCUGAUGAUACUUCACAAUUUGACGAACAGUUUACUGCAACCGUACCGGUUGAUUCACCAGUUGAAAGUACCCUCAGUGAAUCAGCAAAUCUGAUAUUUCAGGGAUUCACUUAUGUUGCACCAAGUGUGUUAGAAGGAAUGUAUAGUCAAUCAAAGGUUCCUAACUCUCGUAGUCCGCGACGUAGUUAUUUGGGUUCAAGUCAUGGGAGAGGUUUUGCUCCGAGAACUCCAGAAAUAAAUAAUCGAUCGCAUUUCUCAGCUUCUCAAAGGUUUCAACCAUUGACGCGUAAUAGUCUCGAAGAUACCGAAAUGAUGGAUGUAGCUCAACUUUCAGAACAUUUAUAGUUGGUUCAAAUACACCAAAAAUAACUAUAAAAUUCUUCUCUGUAAGUUCAGAAAUUGCUAUAUUUUUUUUUUAGCUAAAUCAACGAAUUAUCAAGAAAUUGAUAGAAAAAAACAAUAAAAAAUUUGCAUUCACUGCCGCGUGAUUUUUUGUCGAGGUUUAUUGAAUCUAAAAAAUCUUGUUAUUUCAUAUUUUUAUUUACAAGAAGAGGAAGUAAUCCAGUUUUUUAGUUAAUUUCUUUUAUUAAAGAAUUAGUUUGAAUAAAGAAUAUAAAGUAACCGUAAAUAUUACGUCGUUUUUGUUUGUUUUUCAUGUAAAAAAAUUUAAAAAAGGAGUUGUAACAGUGCAAUUAUCAGAAGAAAUUGCAUGUAUUUGUUACAUAUAUUCAUUGAAAAAUUUUAUAAUUUUUUUAAUUAACAAUAAUUUGAAAAUUAUAAAAAGUCAUUUGAAUUAUUUGUAAAAUCUGUAGGAUAAUUACGUUUGCAAACUGCCCACGUGUUCACUGAAAAUAAAAAAAUAGUUGAUCAAUCGAUAUCUUUUACAUAGAUACGAAGAAUUGAUAAUAAAAAUAGAAAAUAUAUAGAUUUGCAAAUAUAAAAGAAUUUUACAGUUGCAACAUCUAGUUGUUUAUUGCAACUCCUCCAAUACAUUCACAUUAGAUACAAACAAAACUGACUGGAAAUAGAAUUGAAACGUUCACUAACGAACUAUAAUGCGAUUAUCAUGAAAAAUUAGUAUUUAUAAAACUACUAAAUAAUACACUGAAUUUUUAUUCAAUUUAUGACGCAUGUAAAUUGAAAAUGUGCCUGUUGAGCAAUUAUUAUCAAUCCAUAAUUCAAUGAUAUAUGUUGAAAUAUAUCAAUCAAUUUUUUAUUUAUUUGUAAAAUGAAAAAAUGUAAAACUAUUUUGUUUAAAAAUUAUUUUAAUUUGCAAUUAAUUUUUUCACAUAUCUUGUAUAGAUACACGACAGAAUCAUAAUUUAAAAAAAUUCAAUUUGUUGGUUGAAUCAAAGAAAAAA